AUGGCAUCCAAUUCAAAGAACAAAACAGACCUCGCUAAGAUUGGGGAAGAAACGUUUGCUAUCAUAGAUGACAUUUUCCCAGAUGGGCGUAAUUACUCCAAGCCUCCAUCAGCAGCAGCGACUGCUCCACCAAGUAGAAUCCAACAUCAGUUGUUUCACCAUCAGUAUCAACCCCAGCAGGCUUACGUAGUUCAGCAACAAGUGUAUGAUGCUCCCUUACCUGCUAAGAGGACUGAGAGAGUCAUAAACUGCUACGAGGCUGCCAAAAUGUACGGUGGGACUGUGUCUCUGGAGUAUCCUAAAAGGAAGCCUGCUCGUAAGGGUUUCUUUUUUUGA